ACACAGCAGCGUGUGGGGCAGCGAACGCCGCAUGGUAUGGAUACGAAGAGCCGGAGCAGGCGCGAACGGGCUCCUGUGUGGUCGGACAGAGAACAGCUUCAAAGAACUGCACUGCCGUCGUCAGUUGCUUCUUCUUCUUCUGGCGGCACAUCUCGCCGCAACUACAACAGUUGUCCAGCACGUGCCAAGCAUGAUCGCCGGCUAUCUUGGAGCAGCGUCCCGACGCGAGCACCACUGUGGCUGGCCGUGAAGUAUGUUCUUUCGUUGCUGUGUGUGAUGGUGGGAGUUCUACGGGUGGUGUCAGCAGCUGGGGAUGCGUUGGUUGAUAUUCGGCCGGAUUGGAAAAGCCUGGACGAUGCCUCCGGAGCUACCGUUGGGGAAGUCUUUCGAAGCAGCGAGGUUCUUCAAAUGUACCAUCUGCAGGCCACUGCUCAGCUUUACGAGCAAGGAGGCCUUAACCAUGACAUGUCGUUCUUCCUGACGGGUGUGGCGUUUUACAGCGUGGAGAGGCCCGACGUGAAGGUGUCUAUUGCCUACCACCCUACCAACAUGACGAUAUCCUUGCUGCCCGUUAUAUCGGAGGAUGGCCGGGAGUUGCGGUGGGACCAUCAGGCGGCGUCCGUGAGCUAUGUGAUGGGCGUUGACCAGGCGUACUGGAAUGCCGGCUCGUAUAUGGGGGAGACAACAGGCGCGUUUUUCAGCUACGCUGUUGAGUUCAGCCUUGAGCACCACCGGCUGCACCCCCGGUACCAGCCGUUCAGCGUUUACGAGGACUACCCAGGCAGCGCCGGAGAGGCCGGGGCUUUGGACCAAGAGGCGGGGGAGCCCGAGGAUGAGGGGACGGAAGUGCCCGGGGUAGCCAGCGUCGACGAGGCGGAGGCAACCGGUGCGCCGCUGUCCACGGUUUCCCCGACGGAAAUGGCGGUGCAGACGCACGCCCCCGCAGCAGAGCCGACAGACGAGUGGCAGGAAGUGGUGGGGUAUUACCAGUCGCUGCAGCUGUGCCUGCAAGAGCGCAAGUUCAGCUUCGUCACAUCCUUGAAAGACUUCGUUCGGUACUUCGACUGCCUGGACGACGUGGCGUUUAUCGCCAUCGGUCCUCACGAGUACUACAAGGUGAACAUCACGUCAACAAAGCUGGACCACAUAUCACUGCCCGAGGAGCUGCCGGAAGUGAAACGGCGAUAUGAGAGCUUCACGCAAGUGGACACCGCGCUCGCGGUUUGGAUCUUGAUGAUCAUCGCGUGCGGUAUUCACGGGGUACUCUGGCAAGCGGCUGUGAUCCAGCACUGGCUCAAGUCGUACGGCAACGCGCAGGUGGAGGAGGAGCCCUUGGACGGGUCGGAUGAUUCCGCGGAGCCCCAGAGGCCCCCGUCCCUCACCCGGAAGAUAACGACGGAGUACCUGCGAGUGGGGCAGCUACUUCUCGGCAAGGCCGAGGACGACUUUCUGGAGCUCUCGCCCUCCUCUGCUCCGGCCAAAGAUGCCACUGCUGCUUGUUCUGGUGCAGCUGCGAGUGAGGGGGGUCCCGGCGACGCGGACUCUUCGGGGGGGGGCAGCAGCAACGGGCUGCCGCGGCGGCAACGAUCGCCGAAGCGCGGCGGCGCGUUCCGCAACGGGGCCCCCCAGCGAGAUCGCGACGAUGGCGGGGGUGCUGGGGGCUCCAGGCGAAGGCAAGGGCCCGCCAGAGGAGGACGAGGAGGAGGCGCAGCAGAGGAGGAGACGGGUUUAGAGAUGCGGGACACAUCGGGACAGCCGAAAGGCGGACGGUGGGAGGACGAGGAGGAGGGCGAGGACGAGGAGGAGGGAGAGGAUGGUACGUUUGUCGGGAGCGCCGGUGGUGCUGGCCGGCAUCGAGCAGGCGCCGAAAAUAUCCCCCCGUCAUCGCCGUCGUCGUCGACAUCCUCCCUGCCCCAGGGCAUCAUGGCCCACGAAAGGGGGGUCCGCGUGUGGAGUGGUGCCGGCCGGGCGUAUGGCAGCGGGGGCGGGGAGAGGUGGAUAGGGUUCGCGGGGUCACCUCGAAAUAGUCGGCCACCGGUACCGACGGCAUGGGACGACGACCGCGGUACUACUACCACAGCCGCCGGUGCGGGGGAGGAUGAGGUCCUGGGCAACAGCAACGGCAGUUCGGAACGUGAACCUCUGGCGGCUAGCUCGCCGUCGGCGAUGGAGAGCGGCCGCAGGAAGGGCAAUAGAAACGGGAGUAGAAGUCGAAGUAGAAGCACCAGCCCCGAGGUGUUCCGUGUUGCGAAGCAGGACGAUAGUAGUAGCGGGGGCGAGGAAUCCGCGACGUUUUUCAAAGAGGAGGAUCGGUAACAGGCCUCGGACGCGUGCCUUGUGGCUCUGCUGUGGGAUUUUCGCCGGCCACGCCAGUCCGGUCGUCUCCAGGCAGCGUUUGUAGUAUACUCGUAUUGUAACAAUAAAGUAGGAUGGUGUUGUCUUUCUUUACAUGUCGUUUUUGACAGGACGCUUUGGCUGGGCACUCUUCUUGUUGUGUUGCUCUCUUUUCUCCGACUCUUUGCGUGACACUCUCAUCACCGGGCGUGCUUAGAAAGGCUCGGUUCCUCCGUCAAAUGGGCGGGUCGGGUUGACCGCACUACAACCGUAUUCAGACACCGGCGU